AUGUCUCUGAAUAAUCUGGCGCCAGAGCUUAAAGUGGCAAUUAUUCUCCACUUGAGAAAUCCUACGUCUCUUGCAAGAUGUUCACGCGAAUGGAACAAUAUCGUGAAUUUACCUUCAACAAAAUCCAAGUGGUUGAUCGGCAGACACGGAAGAACCCAUGCAUUGUUUCACGCAGUAAGAAUGGGUGAGCCUUUUAUUAAUCUUGAUGUGGUCGAAUGUUUAUUUGCGCAGAAGGCGCACAUCAGUCGAUACUUUAUUCAACGAUUGGUGCUCGGAUUUGGCAAGUGCGACAGUAGACUUAUUGACCUCAAAUUGACCCACAACAUGGGGGCGCUUGUUCCGGGUCGGAGAAAAUCUAUUCAAAAUAAAAUUCGAAGUCCCUGGGCAAGCAAUCUUUCCUUUGAUGUUUACUCCCGAAUUCUCAAAGAGGGUCAUGAUCGGUUUGACGGAAAUGAUAUUCCCAUCCGAGGAAAUGACAUGGAGUCCUUUUAUUACUUAUCUGCUGGUCCAUUGGUUAUUAGUCAAGCGAGAACCAAAUUGAAGGAAAACAAAAAGGAGAUCAAAACUCUGAUUCGGAGAUACAAGUUUGCCCCUUUCCCUCCGAGACCGAAACCCCGAAAACAUAUUCUCGAGAAAAAAGGUGACGGGAAUAUUGGGCUGAACAAUACAGAGUCAGAGUCACGUGCUACUAAUUUUGAUGACCAUCCGCCAUCUGAUGGGUAUGAGAACGUGAGACAACUAACCGUUAUUGCACGCGCUAUACUCAUAUAUCCCAAGUUAGUUAAUGUCUGGAAGAAAAACGGGUAUCAUGAGAUCGUUAACGAUGUGAACGACCUGGUCAUGCGAGGAUCGUUACUUAUCCUUUAUCCCUCAAGUACUUCCGAAGAUUGGGUUAAACCAGGUUUAGCUCAAGUCAUUGAUGAACUAAAAGAUCUGAUAUUGCUUGGAUUCAAACUGACGGAUGCCUUGAUUGGAGACGCUUUAAUCUUAUUUGAGCAUAGAUUAAAGGAUAUAGGAGAAAUACUGAUUGAUGCGUUUGCCGCCAUUCGCGACCUGCCUAAAAGAAAAAUAAUCUCGAUCUGUUUGACUGAGCUGUUGAACCCAGACAGAAAUCUCAAGCGACAUGAUUUACUCGAUUUUGUAGUCAACCAAAUUGAGAAACCUGAAGAGGAAAUUUUAUCAAUUUUUAAGAAAUACAAAAUUGUCCAUUCUGUAGCUAAUUACCGUGAAGCUUUUACUAAAUUUAGUACGGGUAAUAUGGAUAUCGUUGCAAACAAGAGCCUGUCUAUUUUUCAGCCAUUUACGUAUCUGAAAUACUCGCCAAUAGUAUAUCGAUAUACAAUAGUCAAAUUUGGCGCUCAGUCAAAAGCGACUAAACAUCUAAUGAAAGAAGUAACGUCCGUCAGAAUUGCUAUUACCCUAAUGACUGAGGUUCUAUCUCAACAAAUGCCAUCGGGUCUUACGAGUUUUCGCUGGCCAGAUUCAAUUACUAUCUUCAAUGAAUAUUGCAAAGCAAAAGUUCCUUUAAAGGCAAAUUUUUUGCCUCUAUUUGAAAAGUGUCAAAGCGAUUCAGUAAUGAAAUGUUUGUUUGACGGUUACCUGGCAAAGUUGUUUGGAGUUAAAGUCGAUUAUCAGCCACAAAGAACGGUUCGUGUUCCGGUUUUGAGUUCAGUUGACCCAGUUGUGCAAAGGACAAAAAAGCGAAAGGCUAAUACCAAGGAAGCAAAAAAAGAGAAGGAUAAGUUACAUCAAAAAUGGCGUAAACAAUUUUUCGAGCAACUGAACAAAGAAAUUGAAAAUGGGAAAUUUAAAGAAUCUCUACAAAAGUUUAUGCCACGUACAGACAAGUCCAUGCAAGAAGAAGAAGAUGCUGACAGCGCACAGUCAAAGCGUGUGAGCGGGAAGUGGUCAGAACUCCGUUAA